GACGUCCUUACCAUCAUCGACUUAGAUCAUCGGCUUGUUGAUAAUUUGUAACCUAAUACUGCGCAUAGUAUUUAUGAAGCGUGUGGAUUGCAGGCGUCUUAACAGUUUUUUGAUUUAAGGCAUUAAUUAUAAUUGAAGAUCAUACAAUUUUAACUAUUAGUGUCUGUAAUUUAAAAAUACCAAAAUGAACAGAGGUUAUACGAUAAUUGAUCAAAAUAGUGUUACUUAUGAGUGGAAGAUAAAUAAUAUUGACGCUUACUUAAAUGUAACCAGUGUAAAUAUGAGCCGCACCUGUUGCUGCUUGAGUUCUCCAGAAUUCUCAAUAGGAAUUAAAGACAAAUUCACGGGGCAGCUUCAAAUAGCAUUUGAUUAUCGUCCAUCUUACAAUCACACUGUAUCUCUAUCAUUAUUAUUAUUAGAUUUUCCAAUUUAUACUCUUACAUCAUCUAUGAUAAAAUAUUCAGCUUAUAUUUUAGACAAAAAAAAAGAAAAACAAAUGAUGAAAAAUAAUCAUCAAAUCGUCACGUCAACUGAGUUGGAAAUUUUUUCUUUAUCAAAAAAAGCUCUGCAAGAAAAAGUCGAUGAGUAUCUACCCGAUAAUAUUUUAACAGUGGGUCUUGAUCUUACCAUUUAUCGUCCAUCUAAUUCUUCAACUGAUACUUUAUUAUGUAUUCCAUCGAAACUUCCAAUGACUGAAGACUACAAAAAAGUUUACAGCAGUAAAAUUGCAAGCGAUAUUAUUAUUAAUGUAUGCGGUAAAGAAUUUAGAGCUCACAAAAUUUGCCUGAUCGCACGAAGUCCUGUUCUUGCUGCAAUGUUUUCGCAUGAAAUGAUCGAGAAGAAAACAAAUAAAAUUGACAUAGUUGAUCUUAAACCAACUAUAUUUGAAAAAAUUCUAGAAUAUAUUUACACAGACGAAGUUACCAAUCUGGAUGCUCAUGCUGAAGAUCUACUAGAAGCUGCCGACAAGUACCAAAUCCAAUCAUUGAAGAAUAUAUGUCAAGAAUCGAUCUGUAAAACUCUAACCCAAGAAAAUGCUUUUAAAGUAUCAGCCUUAGCUGAUCUUCACAAAGCUGAUUAUUUAUUAAAAUUUACGACUAAUUUUAUAUCAAUGAAUAUUAAGAACGUUAUUAAAAGUCAAGAGUUUUUAGACUUCAAAAAAGAAAAUCCUGUUUUAGCGUUUGAUUGGUUGACAAGUUUUAUGUUGUCUCCUGGAGAAGACACUUAAUCUAAAAUUUAAGAAGCUAUGGUUGCAGAAGAAAGACCUAGACCUGCCUAGAUUGCUUGGGACCACCGAUUUAAUUAUACACCUAUCAAUAACUUUUUGCUAUGACAUUAAAGUUA